AUGAAAAAUGCUCAACUAUAUCACACAAACGAACAUGGAGAAUAUGGCUUCGUAACAAACAAGAGACAAUCCAGUCGACAACCACCAACAUGUGUACAUGACCUUGACUUCGCCGACGACAUAGCUCUCCUGGAAAAUAGUUUCGAUAGAGCACAAUCACAGCUCGUUCAAACAGCGAAGAGAGCUAGCGAAGUGGGUCUACAAAUCAACAUCACGAAAACUCAAGCAUUAACCAACCAAAACACAACCAACCAAACAAUACAACUUGAUGGACAGAACAUUAAAUGGGUCGACAACUUCAAAUACCUCGGUUCAAUGAUGCUAUCUACCACCACAGACAUCAAAGUAAGAAAAAGCCAAGCGUGGAAAGCCUUUUGGAAAUUAAAAAAUAUAUGGAAAUCAACAACAAUACCAAUCAAACUCAAAAUUAACAUAUUCAAAACUACAUGCCUUUCAAUACUAUUAUAUGGAUGUGAAAGCUGGAUAAUCACAAACAAGCUCGAGAAUACCUUAAACAGUUUCGCUACUAGCUGUUACAGGAUAAUGCUCGGCAUCAAACGAACGGACAAGAUUAAAAACAACAUCGUAUAUGAAACAAUCAAAGAAGAACCUUUAACACAAACAAUACAACGACGACAACUACGCUACAUUGGACACUGUCUUCGCCGUAAUACAAACGAAUUCAUUAACAUGUAUGCUCUAUACACACCAAAAUCUGGCCAUGGAACACGGAAACGUGGUCGCCCACGCUUAAACUAUCCUGAUUACGUCGCAAGACUGAUCAACAACGACACACCACCAACCAUCGAAGAAAUCCGGAAGACUGCUGUCAAUAGGGAAGAAUGGCGUAAGAUUGUUGUCGCCUGCAAACCCAGGUUAUUUGCAGUCGAAUGA